AUCGAAUGUGCCGCCGAGAAUGAAAAUUCUCUGUGUCCAAGACAAAGGAAUGCGAAGGUGGAAGAUCUUUGGAGUCUGACCAACUUUUUCGGUUUUGCAACUGAAACGUUUGUUUUGGCUGUUAACAUUCUGGACAGAUUCUUGGCUCUUAUGAAGGUGAAACCGAAGCAUUUAUCUUGCAUUGGAGUUUGUUGUUUCCAACUGGCUGCCCGAGUAGUUGAAGAGGAAUGCAAUAUUCCAUCUGCUCAUGAGAUCAUCCGGAUCAGCCAAUGUAAAUGCACUGUGUCUGACCUGAAACGGAUGGAAAAGAUUAUUUCGGAAAAGUUGCACUUUGAAUUUAAAGCUACUACUGCCUUAACCUUCUUGCACUUGUACCAUACUAUUGUACUCUGUCAUACCUCAGAAAGGAAAGAAGUAUUGAAUCUCGACAAAUUGGAAGCACAGCUAAAAGCUUGCAACUGUCGUCUAGUCUUUUCUAAAGCAAAACCAUCUGUCUUGGCCUUGUGCCUUCUCACUCUAGAAGUUCAGACUUUGAAAUCUGUUGAGCUGUUUGAGAUCCUUCUGCGUGUUCAAAAGCAUUCAAAGAUAAGUGAUAGUGACCUACUUUACUGGAGAGAACUGGUCUCGAAAUGCCUAGCAGAUUAUUCUUCUCCUGAGUGUUGCAAGCCUGAUCACAAAAAGCUAGUUUGGAUUGUUUCGAGACGUACAGCCCAGAAUCUACAAAACAGUUACUACAGUGUUCCUGAGUUGCCAACGAUACCGGAGGGUGGAUGUUUCAAUGAGAGUCAGAGUGAAGACUCCUGUGAAGAUAUGAGCAGUGGAGAAGAAAGCCUUAGCAGUUCCCCUCCGAGUGAUCUGGAAGGCACCUUCUUCUUUGAACUCAAACCUAAAACAAAGUGGCAAACUCUUAGCUGUAGGUCUUAGCAUUUAAGUCUCGAUUGUAUUAGGUUGAGAUUUUUAAGGCACCAUAGAGUCUUUUGGCAAUAAUAAAUGAGGUGGUAAUCUGUAAACUCUAUUAAGGCAAGAAUUGCUGUGGUAUAUCAAUGCUUUGAAUGCCUGCCUUGGGUUUUUUUGUUGUUGUAAUUUUAAGGAAGAAAAAAAAUCCCAUUCAGGUCCCCAGUUGAGCAAAAAA